AUGGAUAAGAUUGCAAAUCCUUAUCUAAUUAUGCUUGAGCGACUUCAAGCUCUUGAUCAAUCUAUUUAUAUUCUCAAUUUAGUUAACAGUGAUCUUCGACAGAUUCUUCAAAAACAAAAACCUUUACCACAAUUCAUUCAUGAUUCAUUCAAACGAUCAACAACACUUAAAUCGAAAAUUGCUUCUGCGAUCCCUCCUCUUCCACCGCUACCAAUGGAAAGUGAAGAAAUACUCCUAGCUGCUAGUAUUAUUGACAAAGCUAAACGUACAAUAGAAAAUGUGAGUGAAAAGAAGACCAAACUGCCUUCGACUGGAAUAACAACAGCAACACUCAAUCAACCAAACGCUACUCAAACUAACCGUCCAAAAACAUCUUCAACAAUACGUCCAUCUUCUGCAAGUUCAACUAUUCCACCAGAAUCGGAUUCGUCUUUGUCUCAACAACAAAAUCAGCAGCAACAACCCAUUCGUCGUUAUGUACCAGCUCAUAUGAAAGCACCAUUUUUAACUCAAGCAGAAAAAAAACGACGACCAAAUUCAUCGACACGUUCUAGUAGUCAAGCUAAUGUGAAUAAAAAUACAAGUGCAACAGUUCGCUCUGACAGUCAACAACGACAACAAUCCUCAUCAGUAUCGUCAACUAGACAGGCGGCUGUGAAACUGUCUCAACAUGUUGAAUCGAUGUCAUCGAUUCAUGCAAUGCAAUAUGAGAAAAAUUCAAUAAAAGAUAAUCGAAGUAUGAAUGAAAUGAAUGAUGAAAAAGCAAUGCCAGAUCAAGAAUCUACUGCGAUAAGUACAGAGGAACCUAUAUAUGUUUCAAAUGAAACGAAUCAGAUAGAUACAAUACCUAUUCUACAACCAAUCAUGCUCGAUCAAGCACUAAUUAAACCAUUACGUCGUUUAUGGAAACAAAAUCAAAAUCUUCGUACAAAAUUAGAGUUUGAACUUAAUAAAAAAUCACCGUCACUAUCAUCAUCAUCAUCGCCUGUGUUUAUUGAUCGUUUAAAUGAAAAAAUUCAUUCAUCAUCCACCAAAGACGCAAUAAUUGUACCAAAUAUUGAAGUACUACUUCAGUUAGCCACUAAAAUUCGUAUUAUUGUACUUUAUCUCCUUGAAAAAUCAACUUUCAAUGAUCUUGAUGGUGCAUUAAAACGUUUGAAUACAUUGAAAUAUCUUGUUAAUCAAUAUUUUCAUUUGUUUACGUCGAAUAUUAAUGUUUUUGUUACUAAAUAUGAUUAUCAUCCUUCGAAUAUCAAUACCAAUGUCGAUGAAUGGUCAAAUAAACCUAUGUCUCGGCCAUUAAAUCGUAAAAUUAUACGCUAUACUGAUGAUACUCAAUUAAUCGCUUUUACAGAAGUACGUUUCAAACAAUUUGAAAAUGAAUGUCGAUGGAUCGAAUUGAAUUGGCAUGAACGAAUAAUAAUAGAAUUUAAACAAUCAUUAUCAAAUACAAAUCUAAAUCUAAAUCCUCUUCAACUCUAUAGAGAAUUAAUGUGUCUAGUUACCGGUUUGCAAACUUCUACUCCAAUUGUUGUUGAAAAUAAAUAUGAAUGA